AUGGAUGCCUUCACUCGAAAAUUCGGGGUCUACUCAGGAAAAACUGGCAAAUACGCUCUCGAGUCCUAUUUCCUCUCGCUCCUCAACUCGCUGACAUAUAUCGGCUUCGCUUUCGGCCUGGUUACUGGAAAUUAUAUUUCUCGGCGAUGGGGGCGCAAAAUUUGCAUGUUUACCAUGUGCAUCUGGGCCGUUGUCGGCGCGAUAAUCCUGACGACCUCGCAGCAUAAAGAGCAGGCAAAUUGUUGCAUAUGUCUAGGUCAACUCGUCCAAUCUCUCAUCUGCCGUGGCCCACGUGGAAUUCAAGAUGACAGGGCAUGGCGCAUUCCCCUGGGCCUUUUCUUCAUUGUUCCCAGCAUUACUGCUGUGGGAGUGUGGUUCAUGGACGAGUCUCUCCGCUGGCUCUUGAUGAAGGGACGUGAGGAAGAUGCGAGGGCAUCCCUCCAAGCUCUUCGCGAAGGCAAAUUUACCCAGACACAGAUUGAUGCCGAAUUGGAAGAGCAAAAGCUGAUCCUCGCCAUUGACGAGGGGAAGGGCCGCAUUGUGGAAAUUUUCCGUGGCUUCAACAUGAAGCGAACCUUGAUCGUCGUCGGAGUCGAUGUGUUCCUACAAUUGACAGGCCAGAAUUUCUCAUCGGUCUACGGGACCAUAUUCAUCAAGUCAAUCGGCACCGUCAACCCCUUCACCAUGGCUUCUGUAACAUCGUUGUCAAUAUCGUCGCGACUAUGA